AUGUCCGCCAUCCCUUUCUCUACCGACGACUGUUCACAGGAUGAAACGCUACCUUCUCUCCUCCUGAUCGACGAGGCCGCGGCUGUGCUUGGACGGAUGAUACAGGGUCUGCGGACAGGCAUCCCAUACAUUCAUACCGAGAACGACAGCAUAAAGGCCAACCCGAUAUUGAGGACCGCACUCUGGCAGGCGGCAUAUGUCUUGGAAAAGGCGUACAGACGAAGAUAUCGAGUUCCUUGGACAGCUCGCCGCUAUAUGCGGGAGCUUACCCCUCGACAGGAUGGACGAAAUGCCAACCGCGAAGCAGUAAUGGCGAAGGAGUUUCCUCCCGGCGCCGAGCUCAACAGCGAUCAUCCGGUACAAGAGAUCCUUCCAGCAAUGAUCAUCGACGCCGAAGAUCACAUCCUCUUCUGCUACCUGCCUAGCUGUGUAUCGCCCGCGAUAAUGACAAUUAUCGACGCCGCUGUUGGGACCUUGGCUACUACCAAGGACGGACAUUUGCAGAAAAAGAGUCGAGCAAGAGAAGGCGAACGGGCGAGGGUAGAGAUGCAGAAGGUUAAGGGGAAGGGUAAACAGGAGGAAGAAGGUCAAGAGAAGCUGGGUGCGAACUGGAGAGAAGCGCUGGAUUUGUUCAGGCAGGGAGCGUGUAAAAUGACUCCUGGGGUGUUGACAUUCGCCCCGGCGUGGUGGCCUGUUGGUCAUGAGAACCAACUCCCCGGUCCAGCGUCGACCUUGAAACCACCCAAGGGAGAGGGUCGGAUGUUCCUGAGUGACAUCCCAAUCGCUUCAGCACUCGUGGGCGCUAUCCUUGCGCAGAUCAACCAACCUUUGUUCGAAUCCGGUGUGAAAGUGUUGAGGGAGCUGUACUCGAAUUCGAAGCUCACAAAGGACCAUUCUACAGUGUCGAAGAUCAUCGAAAUCUGGUUUUCCCCCUUCAGCUCCUUAUCCCUUAUCGUCAAUCGCGCGACUCCCAUUCACCGAGAUACCAGCGGGCCCAUCGAAGGAAUGGACAUACUCGUUACCGGCGGAAAUUAUUCAAACGGUGUAUUGGUAACACCAUCGUUUAAUCGUAGGUGGACCUAUAACCCUGGGUGCGUGGUUGCGUUGCUUGGAAAAUUAGUCCUUCACGGCGUCCCUGAGGUUGACGGUGAGCGCUAUUGCAUGGCGCACUUCUGGCGCGAACGGCUAUUCGACGCCGCGGGAGUGCCGUUUCCCUAUCCCUCAAAGUGGCAAGAGUCGUACACCAACAUUCCCGAGGCCCUGCAGUGGCAUAGAGACAAUGUAACAAGGUAG